AUGGAUAAGCAUGGAGUGAAGACUCCCUUGUGGAAGAAGGAACUGGUAGAGCCGCAGGCCAGAGAGGCUGCGGCGGCGGAGGAAGAGGAGGAGGAGGGGUUGGAGGAAGAGGAGGACGACGACGACGACGAGGAGAGGCCGCGGGAGCAGACGGCGGCCGAGGGCGAGGCGCAGUGCCGGGAGGCGGAGGGCGGCGAGGGUCGUGAGCGGGGCUCCGUGUCCUACUGCCCGCUGCGCCAGGAGUCCAGCACCCAGCAGGUGGCGCUGCUGCGGCGCGCGGACAGCGGCUUCUGGGGCUGGCUCAGCCCCUUCGUGCUGCUCGGCGGCCUGGCGGCUCCGGCGGACAGGAAGCGGAGCCUCCAGGAGCCGCCGUGCGUGCUAGAGACGCGGCGCCGGCCGCCGCGCGCCGGGGGCUGUGCGCGCUGCGAGAUCCUUUUCUGCAAGAAGUGCAGGAACCUGCACAGCCACCCGGCCUACGUGGCGCACUGCCUUCUGGAACACCCGGAUCUGCGUGAGGCGCGGGCUUCGGGGGGCGCGGGGGCCGCCGGGGGCCCCUGA